AUGAGAAUUGUGAAUAAUAACAAUCAGGGCACCUACUCAUGGACUGAUAAUGACCACACCCACGAUGUAUACAGAGCAUCAUUGGCAUUUGCGAUUUUGGCUUGGAUCGUCAAUAUUGUCGCUUUAGUAUUUAUGACAUUAGGUCUACUCGGUAUUCUCACAAAGAUUCCACUACUUCCAACAGUUACAAAAUUCUUGCCACUACUCAUUUUCUUCUUUAGUUUCCUCAGUUUCAUUAUUUUCCUUGGACUACCAAGAGCAAUGAAAAAAGAUUGUGAAACCUACAAUCAAUCUAAAUGCUAUAAUGAUAGAGUAAAACAACUAAUAGGUUCAGAUUCCCUUGGUAGUUGGCAUCCAAUUCAAGGUUGGGCAUGUGCAAUUAUUGCAUCUGCAUUUUCUUUAGGUAUAAGUAUUAUUUCAAUUCUACUUGUUAAAUUCGAUGAAAAAUAA